AGUCAUUGUAAAAAAAAAAAACCAAAACAUCUCUCGAAAAGCUCAAAAUUCCCGUGUUUUUAUUUACUUUUCCGUGGUUUUCCACAAUUUACAUAUUUUAUUAUAUAAUUCAUCAUAAUUCGUGUAUUCUAUUUUAAAUUCUACAAUAAUCGCAGCAAGAAAAGUUGUAUUGGUACAAGAAUCUUUCAUAUUACGUGGUUAACACUUUGUGCGACUUAUGUGCGACUGUGUUCUACUAGAAACAGUUAUUUAGCCAAAAUAAAUAGAGUAACAGGCGUUCCGUUAGCACUUGAUCGCAAAACAUUAUUAUGCCUCAUGAUUUGAAGAGCCUAGCUGCGAGGAAAGCUCUCAUGGCUCCCUUAUCCCCCACGCCGUGUGCGGAGAUCAGUGAUGAUGAACUGGUCUCCAUCUCCGUGCGGGAUCUCAACCGACAGCUGAAGAUGCGGGGACUCAGCCGAGAUCAGAUUAUCAAAAUGAAGCAGCGUCGACGUACUCUCAAAAAUCGGGGAUACGCCGCCUCGUGUCGCAUCAAACGAAUAGAGCAGAAGGAUGAACUAGAAACAGAAAAAAGUCAAGAAUGGCACGAUAUGGAAGCAAUGCAAGAGGAAAACACGCGCAUCCGCGAAGAGAUCGAAGCGUUGCGAAGCAAAUACGACGCGCUCAAACGCUUCGCUCAUCUCAAGAGCAUUCCACUGCCCGCCGAGCUGGACAUGCUGCCGUGACUUACCUGAUACCUUUGUCCUAUUAAAUUAAGGGUGUAAUCUGGCCAAUUCUAUCUCUAAACUAAAAAAUUGGUUGUCUGUAAAGUCGGUUUACUGACGAUAGUUGAACGUGACAACAAAGGCCGAUUGUGCUUCUUUGUCGCUCGUUCCGCGCUC